UGUAAAGUAAUCAAUAAGUCUUUGAUUUCUAUUCAAUUUGUUUAGAUACCAAAGCUACGGUAAAUUUGAAUUGGCCCUCCCUCCAGUCCCAACUGACGCCUUUGAGUAGACGAAAUAAUUUUGUGAGUGGCGUUGGAUGGUAGUUUGGUUUGCGGCCAGAGAGGAGAGGACGCUAUUGACAAGCAAAGGAAGGUUCUACUAAUACAGUACUAGUAUUUCAAUAACAACAGGAAGAAGGUUCUGCGGCUCUAUUGUUAGCGUGGACGAAAGUGAUUAAUUCAAUUCGGCAUCCAUCCAACCAUCCAACAGCGGCACAAUGGAGGUUUCUCAGUGGUUACGAGGUGGUACUAGUAGUACUAGUACUAGUAUUUCUUUGGAAAGUACAUCAGCAGCAGCAGCAGCAGUCGGCAGUACCAUUAUUUAUAGCAGUAGUGAAGCCGUCAUGAAGGGCAAUCGUCGACUUGGAGUGGAAGAAGAGCCAAUGAUGCGACGGAUCAUGGAGAAUGACAACAACAAGAACAACCAGCGCAAUGAUGACAAAGACGACAAGAAGGAAGAAGAUCCAAAUGAGAAUCCUGCCGCGACGGUCCAAGUGGAGAAUGCUGUUGAGGAAGAAGUAGAGCCAGAAGCCACUAUGAAUUCAAACGAGCCAACUGAGGAGCCACUUGCAGAGACACAGAAACCAGAAGAUCCAACUGAGCAACAACCUGACGAUGCCACAGCCACAGCCACAACCACCAUCACUUCGCCACAAGGAGAAACUCGAAUUGACCUGGUGCGGUUGGUCCCUUUUGACGUUAAACUAUCUUUGGCAUCCUACGAUGAACGAUUCUUCAACAGCUUUGCACUCACUGAUGUCGUGACGGAAUGGAUGGACGAGUCUCUCACGGCACAGAUUCAACGAAUGGAACUGGGACUUUCACCGGAGUUUGAUUCUGUCAUUUUGGAGGAACGCAGCGUUCAACAACUACAACCAGCGGCGGCUUCCACCGCAACCACAAGGACCAUUCAUGACGGGGACAACCGACGACAACGGCUCCUCGAACAGACCACAGACGGAGCCACUACUAUUGCUUCUUAUGAGGGAGUCACUCUCUGGAAACAUACAGGCCCGGAUCAAGAAAUCAUGACGCCGACUCUCCUCGAAGAUAUUCAACGACAGGUACUCCUACAGGACGACCGCCUGCUACAGUUGCUGCAAGAAAGUCCUGCACAAGGAUUGGGACAAACCGUCAUGGAUGUUAGAGCAUACAUCAACCCAAAUCCAAACUCAAACACGCAAACUCAAACGCCAACCACACAAUCCAACAAUGUUGCUCCUCAAAAGUCAACAUCCAAUGCUAACUUGGAACUCAUUAUUGUCGUUGCCAUUGUUGUGGCAUGCAUGGCGUUUGCGUUCUUGGUAUUCUCACUCUUUUGGGCAUGGCGCUUUGAUCAGCAGCGACGGGAUCAAGUGUAUCGGGUCAACACUUCUGCUGCCUCGUCGGGAGCCGAAAAACGAAAAGUCAAGUCACCCACUGGCUCUGGAGGAGGCACAGAUGACUCGGAAUACGAAGACAAUGAUGAACGAUCGUCACCUGCCAACAUGAAUGUCGUUGUCACACCUCGCAAUGAAGAUGAUGACACUGCCUUGGAAUAUCCUGCCAGUGUCGCAAACCCAACCACUGGCAUCUAUCCAGAAUCAGUCGUUUCCGAAGACAUUUCCACUUCACUAUCCGCGUACUAUCGAUCUGGAAUGGGAUCAAGACCUCUAUACACGUCGUCCCGAGGAAUGGGAAACGGAGAAUUCAACGAUCAAGCCAGUUUCAGCUCGAUGGAGUCAUACGGAUACUCCUUGGAUGGAUAUGCUCCCAGUCUGGGAGGCAACACUUACAGCAACAAUACUGCCGCACAACCCGCUGUUACUCCAACCGAAGAAGACAAGAAGGCUUGACACCACUGCGCCGCUCGUAUCACAUCACGACAGACACCACCGAGCGGAGAUUAUUUGCUCAACUACACAAUUGAGUCAAGUGAAAUGCAAGACGCUAACGAACGCUAUCGCACCGUAUGACGAUUCGACGCUGGCUCUGUUUUGAUUCAUAACACACAAUAUCGUCCCUCCUACUCCUUACUUACUCGCCUUCCUAUGUAUGAUAUCUUUAUUUUAGAUAAAAAAGUCAAAAAUUGCGACACAUUGUUCCUUCCUCCUACCA